AAUGGGCUGAUGGAUACCUUGGAAAGUUGCUGAGAAGAGCUUUCAUGCCGAGUCUUCACGCCGAGCUGGUGGCGUUGUGAGACCUGGUCAGGAAGAUGUCGUGAAAAGGGGACCAGAAAAGGGGGCCGAGAACGAUGGUGAGAGACCACGAUUUCCCAUCUUACGGAUGAGUUGUCAUAUGCAGAGAUUUCUUUCCCAACCAGCGAGCCAGCAACAGGUUGGCGGAGGAGAAAGCGACGGAUCAAUCGCCACAGCGCGAGCUACAUGUGAUGGUCCCAGAGAGAGAGAGAACAUGAGUGAGAUGAGCAGAGGGCUGGUCGCGUGCCCUAUGAAUGUCUCACAGCGCCCGUCCGUCCACAUUCAUGGCUACGGUCACACACCCCCAAAGGGCCAAGCCAACAGCAUGAGCAGAUUGCCAAGCAGCCCAACUAUCUACCGUCUGGGCCCUUUUUACAAUGCGCUGGCUGUUGUAAAGGAUCGAGACCAACGAGUAGAGCCAAAGUUAGUUUCGCGAAGCUCUGCAAUGGGUGUGGAAGGGGUCAAGAAGCUCUUGCAACUGUUUAGCGUGGCGUUGAGGAGGGGGGGGGUUGUCGGGGUUGCCAGAAGCUCUAGGAAGCUCUGCGAAGCUCUUGCAACUUGUUGAGGUGCGCACCUGCUCUGUCUGCCGAGCACUUGCCCGCAGAGCUGAACCCCUCUUUCUCGUCUUGCUACCUUACUUUCCCCCUCCUUCCUCAACGGACCGGUCCAUGGUCGGUCUUGUUGGAUGUCUUCUUUUUUUUUCUGCCCGUUCACCUUUCGGCCAGAUUCUGGU